GAUAUGAUCAAUAUAUACUCAAAAUGAACUGCUUUUAUUUCUGUAGUUGCUGCAGUGACCUGAGUUGCUACUUCAAAAAGAUUAACAGCUUAAGAUGUGCUUUUAAAAGCUAAGGAUCCAGUGUAUUAGUCAUGCAGAAGAACAACAGUGUGCAAACAUUUGGGCCGGGUUUGUGUGGAAUGGCACUGGAGGACAGCACUGGGCUGGCUGGCCAUUUGGGGAAUCUGACUUUACACUGCUGGCUACACUUCUUAACCAGGGAGGCCGGCUCUGAAUUGCAGGGCGACAGCUCGAACGUGGCGAUGCGUGUGGUGAUCGCCCUGGUGUACUCUGUGGUGUGCGCUUUGGGGCUUGUGGGGAAUCUCCUGGCGUUGUACCUGCUCCACUCACGCCACCGGCACAAGCGCUCCUCCAUAAACUGCUUCGUGAUGGGCCUGGCCCUCACUGACCUGCAGUUCGUCCUGACGCUGCCCUUCUGGGCCGUGGACACCGCCUUGGACUUCCGCUGGCCGUUUGGCAAGGUCAUGUGCAAGAUCGUCAGCUCGGUCACCACCAUGAACAUGUACGCCAGCGUCUUCUUCCUGACAGCCAUGAGCGUAGCGCGCUACUGCACCGUGGCCUUCUCGCUGAAGAUGUACAGCGGCCGGACGGCUGCCCUGGGCUCCAGGUGGGCGAGCCUGGCCAUCUGGGCGGUGUCGCUGCUGGCCACUCUGCCUCACGCCGUCUACUCCACCAGCGUGCAGGUUUCGGAUGACGAGCUCUGUCUGGUGCGCUUCCCCGAGUCGGGCAGCUGGGACCCCCAGCUUCUCCUGGGCCUUUACCAGACGCAGAAGGUCCUGUUAGGCUUCGUCAUCCCUCUGGUAGUCAUCUCCGUCUGCUACCUGCUCUUGCUCCGUUUCGUGCUGAGGCGGCGCAUCAGCGCAUCCACGGGCCCCGACACGGAGCCAAGCAGACAGCGACGCUGCCCUAAAGUCACCAAGUCCAUCGUCAUCGUGGUGCUCUCCUUCUUCCUGUGCUGGUUGCCCAACCAGGCCCUCACCAUGUGGGGGGUUCUCAUCAAGUUUGACCUGGUGCCCUUCAGCAAGGCCUUCUACAACGCCCAGGCAUACGCCUUCCCGAUUACCGUCUGCCUUGCCCACACCAACAGCUGCCUGAACCCUCUGCUGUACUGUCUAAUCCGGCGCGAGUUCCGGGCAGGACUGAAGGACAUCGUCCUCCGCGCCACGGCCUCCAUCCGCCGUCUCGUCCGCUUGCCCCGGAAAGCCAAGGUGGCCGAGGCCCCCCCCGUAUUGGUGCAGAUGGACGCUGGGGUGUAA